AUGAGUCCCACAUCUAAACGCAAAUCCCACGAGAUGGCCGACGCGUAUCCCGGCCUGGAGGAUGCCACGCCCACAAACAGUCCCCCCAAGAAGCGCAUGCGCAUUACGCGAAGCCAGAAACAGGCUCUUAUGGAUAAUUUGCAGCUUGAAAUAACGGAACGAGCACGCAAACUCCGCGCACAAUACGCUCUUCAGGCACAAGACUUGCGGGCCCGAAUCGAACGACGCGUCAAUCGAAUUCCCGUGAUCCUACGAAAAGCGAAUAUGGGCGAGCUGCUCGAAAAACACAAUGCUUCUCUUCGUGCUCAACUGGAGAACUCAUCGCCAAGGAAGUACCGUAGUCCGGCUAAAGGGUCCCGCAACUUUACGGCCAUAUCUGCGUCCGGCAGAAAGAAGGCUGCGACUGUUAGCCCAAGUCCUCGACGAGUGCGGAAGCAGCAGCAUAGUCCCGCCGGCAUCUACUCUGACAAAGAAAACGCUCCUGCGUCAGGCGAGCAACUGGAUGUGCUCAAGAACCCCAAGCGACGCACCAAAGCCGGUACAACGGGUGGUACUUCGCGCAUUGUCUCGCAGGAGGUUCGAGGAGCAGACUACAGAAUUCUUUCGCCCAAGUCCUCCAACUCCAGAACCUACCCGCAAUCUCCUCUUCUACGAUCACCCGAGAAAGCCCAACCUUCUUCAUAUCUUUCUCGGCCCAUGUCGCCCUUGAAACCAUCUAGCCCCCUUAAGUCUACCACGGGUAACUACGCAGCGUCUCGCACGGGCUCAUCACGAGGCGCUGUCCCGCCUCGGCCGCCAUCUUCACAAACCAAACGUCCUGCAAGCAGGGCCGCCACGGCAGGACCGAGAUCUAUCCGCUCGCCCUUGUCACGACCUGGUACUCGGCAAACCGAUCGCAGAGGUAGCGUUUCAUCUUCCGCCUCAUCAGGUACAACAGUAGCCAAAACUAGCUCGUCGCGGAGAAUAACCACCGCCUCGACUGCCAGCGCUGCAACGAAGAUGUCUACAGCGCGGUCUCAAGCUUCAGCCGCAGCGAAGAAGACUACAGUCUCAGGAUCUAGGAAAGCAACCGUGCCGGCGGGUAGUGAGACUGCAACAGGCGGACGGCGGGUUCUGCGGAAGCGUGCUUAG